AUGACGAUAAAGCUUGCUCAUCUGGCCCAAAGCCCAGGGUAUCCGUCAAACAGGUCGGCUAUUCAACUCUCUCUUUCACUCCACCUGAACACUGUGCCUAACGCAUUCCAGGUCUCCAACUUUUGCGAGACGACACCCGGAGUCAAGUCGUACAGCGGAUACGUCACGCUUCCACCUAGUACAAACUAUCCCUUCGAGCAGAAUAUCUUCUUUUGGCUCUUUGAAUCACGCAGCCGGCCCAAGUCCGACCCCUUGACUGUCUGGAUCAACGGCGGGCCCGGCUCGCCCUCGACCGAUCAGGCUCUCGGUAGCAACGGCCCCUGCCGUGUGCAGCCCGACUCAAAGACGACGAAGCUCAACGCCGACUCAUGGAAUAACAAGGCUAAUUUGCUGUACAUCGACCAGCCGGUACAGACGGGAUUCAGUUACAAUAACGUAACGCCCGGUCGCCUGGGUUUGAUCGGUGGAUUCGUAUAUCCUGAUGGCACUUCGGUUCCUGAUUAUGAGACCGUUCUUUUCGACGGCAGUUUCUCGACCCAGGACCCAAGCCAGACGCUGAACACCACGCAGAGUAUUGCGCGGGUUCUUAUCAACUUCUGGUCACAGUCAUACGGUGGUCCCUACGUGCCUGCCAUUGCGACCUACUUUGAAGCGCAGUCUAAACUUGCGACGGCCGGCAAGCUGCCACCCAAUCCUCGUAUUUGCGCUCGCGCCAAGUCUAUCCGCAUCGCCACCGUCGGCAUUAUUGCCCCUUUCAUCGACAUCGUCGGUCAAUUUGCUGACCUAGAAUUCGCCUUGAAUAAUACCUAUGGCAUUGAGAUAUUUGAUCCAGCUACCGUGGACAACCUGGUCGAGCAGGCUGAGGCUCCUGGUGGCUGCUUCGAUUUGAUCGAUGACUGUCGCAACAUCACCAACAGGCUCGACCCCGAAGGCUGGGGGAACGCUCCCGAAGUCUACCCAGUCUGCAAUAAUGCCUUCUUCACGUGCUAUCAACUGAUCGAGAGCCGAUACGAGGCCACAGGCGUGAGUUGCCAUCUGUUUCCUCCCAUUCACUUUCCCAAGAGCGAUGCCCAAGCUGACGACGCUCCCCAGCGCGAUUCCUUCGACAUCACCCAGCCAGCAGCCGCCCAGUUCCCUCCCCCCUAUGCUUAUGGUUUCCUCAACCGCCAAAACACGCAGUCCCGCCUCGGCGUGCCCGUGAACUAUACCGCCUUCUCACCGAGCAUCCAAUAUCCCUUCUUCGCCACGGGCGACUUUCUCCUGUCGUUCGCGCCUCACGUCGAGCGCCUCCUCGCCGCCGACAUACCCGUCCACCUUAUCCAUGGCGACCGUGACUGGCGCGCAAACUGGAUCGGCGGCGAGGCAGUAGCCCUCGCGCUCGCCCACCGCAACCGCGCCCGCUUUGCCGCCUCCGGCUACGCCCCGCUCUCCGUGCUCGGUGUGCCCGCCGGCAAGGCAGGCCACGUCCGUCAGGCCGGCCGUCUCAGCUUCUCCGUUGUCACCAACGCAGGGCACGAGAUCCCGUACUACCAACCCACGACCGCCUACACCAUCUACCAGCGUGCCAUCGAGGGCAGGGAUGUCGCGACUGGUAAGCAGGCUAUUGGCAACGGGGACAAGUACGCAACGAGCGGGCCAAAGGACAUUCGGGGCGCGCGCACGCCGCUACCCCCCAAGGCGCCCGUGUUCUGCUACACCGCCAGCACGCCCAUCGUUCGGGGCCAGUGUACAGAUGCGCAGAUUGCGGCGCUGGCGGACGGGACGGCCGUCGUGAAGGACUUUGUCGUCGUGCAGCCUGCGUGGAGCGGGUAG